AUGUCAACUGUCCUCCUUAUUCCUCGAUUACUCGUAACCAUGCGACUCCCAAUCUUCACGUCCAUAGUCUUGACUUUCACAACUCACUCAGCUACCGCUUUCAAGCCAUGGAACAGCACAAUCCCCGGGUCCUUCAACGAAGAAUGUCGCAAAGUCCUCUCAACAGAAAUUGACUGCCCGUUCAUGGCCUUUCGAGAGUGGGUGAAUGACGGGUAUUACUUGAAAAACGAAGUGGAUUCAUACUGUUCAUCAUCAUGCUGGUCUUCUCUUGGGCAGUACAGCGCUGACCUCACGGCGGCCUGCGUGGAUGAAGACAUUUGGGGGGGUAGUACAGGGCCACAAGCAGCCAUGGAUUUCAGCAUGUCAUUAUUGGCGACACAUAUAAUUCUUUGUGUUGCUGAUGAGGAAGGGUCUUGCCUAGAAGCGUUGUAUAAACGGAAACGUGAUCUAUGCUCGGAAUGCGGACUCAAAGUGGCAUAUCUGGGCGCUAUGUUCGAGUUUAAGAAGCCUCUAAAUAUCAGCUCCAAACAGUUCAUGCGUUUGCAUGAAAACUGUGCACAAGAGCCAGAUAGUUUCGUGUCCAACGACGAUGGGAAGGCCAAGUUGGAGAAAUUCUUCAAAGAAUUAAUAUAA